AUGGAUACACUCGAAAAGAACUCUAACCACUCUAGAGUCCUCAUCCCAAAACUCCAAAGGAACACUCCCCAUGACAUAAUACUCUACGCCCUUACAACAGAAAAGGCUGCAAGGUGCAUGGAGCAGUUCAACACCCUGGUCUUCUACGUCGAGAAGACAUCUACUAAGCCUGAGAUCAGAGAUGCUGUUACUAAGCUCUACGGAUUCAAGGUCAAGAAGGUCAACACCCUGAUCAACAAGCAUGGGAAGAAGGCAUACGUCCGAUUUGUUGAAGAGGGCGCUGCUCUUGAAAUCGCUAGCAAAAUAGGUGCAAUCUGA